CGGCCCCAGCGCGCCGCAGACAUGGCUCCCGCAGCCGCCGGCCCGGCGGAGGUGGUUCGCGCGGCACAGAAGGACGACUACUACCGCGGCGGGCUGCGGAGCGCGGCGGGCGGCGCCCUGCACAGCUUGGCGGGUGCAAAGAGGUGGCUGGAGUGCAGGAGAGAGGUCGAGCUGCUGUCGGAUGUGGCCUACUUUGGCCUCACCACGUUUGCAGAGUGCCAUUGGAACUGUUUCUCUGUGGGCUACCAGACCCUCGGGGAGGAGUAUGUUGGUGUCAUCCAGGUGGACUCAUCCCGGAGCAGAGUGCCCUCAAGGCUGCGCCGUGGUGUGCUGGUGGUGCUGCACACCAUCCUGCCCUACCUUCUGGACAAGGCCCUGCUGCACCUGGAGCUCGAGCUGCAGGCUGAUGCCAAUGGCGCCAGGCCCUCGCAGGGCAGCCUCGCGCUGGGUGGGCGUGGCCGGUCAGGAUCGAGGCACUGGGUGCGCCAGCACGUGGCUGCCCUGACAGAGCAGCAGAAGAGGACGCUCCUGCGGGCUGUUUUGGUGCUCAGGCAGGGCCUCGGCUACCUCCAGCGGCUCCACGUUGCCUGGUUCUACAUCCACGGCGCCUUCUACCACUUGGCCAAGAGGCUCACAGGAGUCACUUACCUUCGCGUGCGCUGCCCGGCUACAGAGGACCUGAGGGCUCGAGACAGCUACAGGCUGCUGGGGCUCGCGUCCCUGCUACACCUGGCGCUGUCCGUGGGCCUGCAGCUGCACGGCUUCCGGCAGCGGCAACGCGCCCGGCGGGAGUGGAAGCUGCACCGCGGCCUGUCUCAGCACAGGAGCCACAUGGAAGAGAAAGCUGUUUCUAGAAAUUCCAUGUGUACCCUGUGCCUGGAGGAACGCAGACACUCCACAGCCACGCCCUGCGGCCACCUCUUCUGCUGGGAGUGCAUCACCCAGUGGUGCGACACCAAGACGGAGUGCCCUCUCUGCAGGGAGAAGUUCCCUCCCCAGAAGCUUGUCUACCUGCGGCACUAUCGCUAACCUGACCGAGGACAGAGGACCCCAGGACUCUUUCUUGGUAUCAGGAGAGAAACUCAGUCUAUUCUCAAAGUUAACUUUGCUUGCAUAGAAAUCAUUAAAUUCUGAGAUUUUAUUUCCUGUCACAUAAACUACGCCAGCAGCUCAGGGGGAGAGGCCGGAUCUACCUGCAGGAUGGCAGGUCCGAGGCCUCUGGGCUGAGUGUGGGCCCACGCGCAGACGGCAAGCAGCAGCUGGGGCCGAGCCUGCCGGGGGGCUGAGCCGCACCCCCACUGUGGUGCAUCUGGGUCACUUCUUCAGGAGCUGGAUUCUGUUGGACCAGGUUGCUUUCAUCCCUUCCCCAAACCAUACAGGUGAAAGUUAGCUUCAGAAAUGGGACCAGCCAUUCAUGUGAUGAGAAAAUGAGUCUGUAUCAGGCACAGUUGGGGUUUGGCCUGAAUGGGCAAGUGUGGAGAGCAGCGGACAGCAGGGCUUACCCACUGGCCAAUCCGCCUACCCCGACGACCUGGAAACCUUGCCCUCAGAGGCAGGCUUCUGGUGGCUCGGCCACGUCCAUUCACAGGAGUACAAAGACUCCGAGGAGGUGUAUCUCCACCUGAGAUGUGUGGCUCAUACCUUUUAAUACAUGUUCCAGUUUGUUUCCCAUUUUAGAACACAGAAUCCGCAUCUUGGCUGGGGUCUGCUCAGAGCUCCGCGGUGCAGAGCCAGCCUGCACCUAACCCAUAGCUGCCUCUCAGAGCUCAGCUCUCCCUGAGGCUUGGGCAGGCCGGCUGCUCACACCAGGUCACCCCUUGUCCAGCCUACUUCCUGCCACCUUUUUGUCACUUUCAGGUCUUUAAAAGUAUUUAACUUGUGCCGGAGACUGGACUUUGCCAUAAGCUCUCUUAAGAAACGAACUCCACAGGAGCGUAGGUGUAUUAAGAAGGCUGUCAGGGUGAACUGAAGAUCACAUUUCAUACAGGGCAAGAACCUGUGGUCAGGAUGUCCGGCCCCCUGUGCGAGGCUGUGGCCCAGGCUUCUGGCAGAGGCCUAUGCAGACCAUUCCAGGAUCUGAGCGGACAUAGCCGUCCAGGAACGCAUCGCUCCACACUCCUCGGUUACUACAGGCCGGCCAACUGAGACAGGUCACCGUGACCACAGGCCAGACUGAGGAGGAGCCCCGAGAGGGGCCCCACGCUUCCUGAGGCCCUUUAUGUACGCCCUGACCAAGCGCAGACCGUCUCCCAUCACAUUUUAGGCCUGAGCAUUUACCAGGAAAACGGUAUGAAAAAAGUGUCCAGAGUUUCAACAUCUCACACGCCACAAUGUUGUAUCAAAGAUACUGAUCCAGAAUACCAUUUAAGUACCGAGAUUAAAAUACAGGAUCAGGUAUGUAAAAGGUCUUCGUAUGGCCUCUUAAAAGCAAGAGCUGCUCAAUUUCAGAUAUCUGCAAAAAUUGGCCCAAAAAAGCCAGACAAUAAGCACAUUCAGUGCCUAAAACCCUAAGACAGAUGGGACACUGGGAAGAGGUACAAGUUUGCAGUUCCUGAGACCAGGAAGACACCCAUGGGCCUGCCCCUCAGCACCUGUGCCCCAGUGACCGGCCCAGCUCAGUGCUUGCUCACAGGCAGUGAGCUGUCGUGUUUCAGAUAAAGACUCCACAAGAAAGGGGACACUGUCUUUAAUAAAGUUGGAAUUAAAAAGUCACUUAGUAAAA